GGUCAUUAGAAAUUGCAUUCGUUCCUGGUGCUGCAAAGACAAAGUAUUUGGUUACACGGAGUGCCGGAAUAUGACCUUCACCUUGGCCGCAGAGGCUCUGGUUGGUUUCCGGGUUCAGCCCAAGGAGUAUCCCGAGCUCCUGGGGGUGUUUGAAGUCUUCGCCAACAACCUAUUCUGUCUUCCCCUUCUGUGCCCGGGGAUGGGGCUAGCCAAGGUGGGUGUUUGCACAGCAUCUGUCUUAGGUUAUAGAUGUCAUGAGAUAUAGAUUUUAAAAAAAAAGAAUUUAACAGAGGCCUUUUAGGGAAACCGCUCGGGUUUGUCUGUAACUAGACUUUCAACACCUAUUAUGCGGAAAGGUACACAGCCGCUUCCCAGGCCAGGGUAUGUAAGAUUAUACUUCAAAAGCUUUUUAAAAAAUAAUAAAUCGCCUUCAAACUGCCCAAUGGUACCUGCAGCAAGUUUUCUGCUGUUUAUCGAUUUCUCAUGUUACUGCAAUCUCAUUUCUCUUUGAAUCCUACAUGUUUCUACUCCAGAAACUCCCACUUAAUUACUUUCCACACGGCGUCCCUCUAAAUGUUAUUAAUUAUAUAUACCGGUAGCGACUUCAUUUAUUUAUUUUUUUUUUUAAUUUCCAUAGGGUAUGUCAGCACGUAAACUACUUUUAAAGAAGAUCCAGGAAUGUCUGGAGAGUAAGAAGCGGGACGCCGCCGCAAACCAGUCUCUCCUGAACUCGGGCGAAGGUGAAGACGCACUCUCCAGGCUGAUGAAAGCCAGUGGCGAGGACGCUCUCACCGACAGCGAGCUGAAAGACCUCAGUUUGGAGUUGCUGUUUGCUGGACACGCCACGACGGCCAGUGCUGCUACCUCGCUUGUGAUUAAGCUCCAUGAACACAGGUGGCUGUUUGAGUGAACAUUAAAAUAUCCUGUGUAACUUUAAAACUAAGAUAAUUAAAUUACACGCCUUUAUACCUAAUAGAAAUAUUUUAACAUGGGAAUCAAUGUUUGUUUUUUUUUUUGUUUUUUGUUCAGUGAUGUCCUUGAAAAAGUUCUCAGAGAACUUGAUGGGUUUGGACUCGUGGCUGGAGAACAAAGGGACCUGACCCUGGCUCAGCUGAGGCAACUGGAGUACACAGGGGCGGUAAUCAAGGAGGUUCUGCGUUUAUUGCCCCCAAUCGGGGGUGGCUUUAGGAAAGUGAUCAAGACAUUUGAAUUGAAUGUAAGUGUCUGGUUUAUCGCUUGACGGCCAUUGUUUGGACCUCGUGAUAUGAUGAUAGCGGUGUGCACAUUUGUAGGUAUCGUUAAAAGUAAAUGUGUUGAAGUGGACAGUUUAGAUUCGUGAUUUCAUGCCUAAGAAUAAUAAUAAAGACUAUUUGAAAAUCACGCUUCAUCCCCAAAGGCUCGAAGCGCAGUAUAUACCACUUUGAACUAAUUGAAGUACACAAUGUAACAUUACAAAACUACAUACGAGAAUACCCAUUCUAAGUCUUUCAUACCUUGCAACCAUAAACAACACAGGCCAAUAUACAUCUAGAAGAUAAUAGCUAGAUAGACAACAGCAGUUGUUUGCGAAAUAGUCUUCAGUUUUGAGAGACUCCAGUGUCUGGCUAUUUCUGAGAGCGAUAGGAAGGGUUGAUUGAUGGAAGUGGGUUGGGGGAAUCCAGCAAGGAUGUCCAGUCAUUAGGGUAAAAGCUGUCACGCUGACCUCUAGCAUCUGUUAUGCUGGCUUUCAUAUCAUUUAUUCCCCCACCCCAUUUUUUUCUCCCAAAACAUCAUAAACAUUCAAAUUUUCCCCCGUUUCAUCAUUAGCUUGAAGUAUAAACACUUUUUUAAAUGAAUCACUUUGAAUUUUUAAUCGAUUACUUUAAUACACCGUCCAUGUGAUCAUUUGCACACAUUUUUUUUUUUUUAUUUCUAGGGCUAUCAGAUUCCAGAAGGAUGGACAGUGGCCUACAGCAUUCGGGAGACGCACCAGACCAGCCCGAUGUUCCCCAACAACCAGCAGUUCAACCCCGACCGUUGGCUGGCGAAGGGAGACGAUGAGAAGUUCCAUUACCUGCCCUUUGGCGGUGGUCCCAGGAUGUGUGUUGGCAGGGAGUUCGCCCUUCUUGCACUGCGCGUGUUCGUGGUGGAGCUAGUCCGUUCCAGCACGUGGAGCUUGAUGAACGGCGAGUGCCGAAUGAGUUAUCUGCCCGUGCCACAUCCUGUUGACGGCCUUCCGGUUCGAUUCACUGAACGAGAUCUGACCAAAAGACAAGAAGCUGCUGCUAUUUAGAAAUAAUGUCAUUGUUCAUAUUAUGAAAAUGACUUUUGCCAUAUAGUUAUUUUUUUUAUUUUUUAAAUUUUACAGCUUUAUGCCAACGUGCCAAAAAUCAUUUCUUCUUGACAACACCUAAAUCAUUAUUUGAAAGUAUUUUUUUAAUGACAUAGACCUACCAGUGUGUCAUUUAUCCAUUACCCUAGCAAAGAGGACGUGACCAUUGACCGGCACGCGGGCUCUACAAUGGGACAAAGCUGUAGGCUCAAAUAUUUAUUUGAAAUGCCACAGUUUCAUGUAACCAGCAAAUUCAGAAUAUUCUAUUUGCCGCAAAUAUUCCCCUUGCCUCAAAUAUUCCCCUUGCCUCAAAUAUUCCCUUUGCUAAUGAUCAGCUUAUUUUUAACCAAUUAAAUCUCAGAUAACUUUGUAAGGUACGCAUAUGUGCUACAAUCCUCCCGUACUCAGUGAUCACUGAGAAAAACUUUAAUUACACUAAAAUGAUUCAAUUGGUCCUAGUCUAAGACACAAUAAAAAUCACAUCAACUUGUUAGAAUGUUUUACAUAUAAUAUGUAUAUAUACUCUAUAGUUUUGGCUUACAUUCAUUGGGUGGAACAAGAAAAAACAACACAAUUUAUAAGCUAACCAAAAGUAUGUCUUAAUUUGUAUAUAGCAAGCAUUGCAAUUUUUUUUUCUCCUUAUAAGGCAC